CCGGCCAGGCCGCGCGGGUCCGGGGCUGAGGAGCCGGCUGCGGGCGAGCACGAUGGGCCAGUCCUGGCCUUGGUUGCAGCAGCUCCGGCGAGUGCGGGACCCGCAGGGCUGAGAGUGGCUGGAGGAGGCCCGAGGCGCUCUGACCCUCUUCCCCUCGGCCGGAGCCCUCAGCCCAGCCGGCGAUCGCGCACCGAGAGCGGGCGGCCUGCCUGUCCGCCGUUGGAGGCCGAGAGCAGGGUCAUCGCGAGGCCUGGAGUACCGCACGCCUUUGACAGCUCCGCUCGCAGCCCCUCCGGGAACGGACAGCCUCAGAAGCAGCCGGCGGCUUGGGAUCUGGGGGCGUGUGUGCCCGUGCGGAGCUCCUUGGGUUCCCUCAGCUUCCACCGCUCUUCCCACCCGCUCCGACUUCCCGCGCAGAGUUAGAAGGAUCGCAGACUUUUUGCCCGAGAAGGGUCUCUGCACACUCUCCAACCACUUCUUUUUCUACUUCCCCUUUUUCUGUUUUUUUUUUCCCCGCCAGUUCUAGUACACACUAGUUUUUAAGGCUGGAGGUUCUCGAGCGCUUACUGCCCAGGACUCCUCCACCCCCUCCCCCGCUCAUGGAGUCCGAGAUGCUGCAGUCGCCUCUCCUGGGGCUUGGGGAGGAAGAUGAGGCCGACCUUACAGACUGGAACCUGCCUUUGGCUUUUAUGAAAAAGAGGCACUGUGAGAAAAUCGAAGGCUCCAAAUCCCUAGCUCAGAGCUGGAGGAUGAAGGAUCGGAUGAAGACGGUCAGCGUCGCCUUAGUCUUGUGCCUGAACGUCGGCGUGGAUCCCCCCGACGUGGUGAAGACCACCCCCUGUGCGCGUUUGGAAUGCUGGAUUGAUCCUCUGUCCAUGGGCCCCCAGAAGGCCCUGGAGACCAUCGGGGCCAACCUGCAGAAGCAGUACGAGAACUGGCAGCCGCGGGCCCGGUACAAGCAGAGCCUGGACCCCACCGUGGACGAGGUGAAGAAGCUUUGCACGUCUCUACGCCGAAACGCCAAGGAGGAGCGGGUCCUCUUCCACUACAACGGCCACGGGGUGCCCAGGCCCACCGUGAACGGCGAGAUCUGGGUCUUCAACAAGAACUACACCCAGUACAUCCCCCUGUCCAUAUACGACCUGCAGACGUGGAUGGGCAGCCCGUCCAUUUUCGUCUACGACUGCUCCAACGCUGGCCUCAUCGUCAAGUCCUUCAAGCAGUUUGCCCUGCAGAGGGAGCAGGAGCUGGAGGUCGCUGCCAUUAACCCGGGCCACCCACUCGCCCAGAUGCCGCUGCCGCCGUCGAUGAAGAACUGCAUCCAGCUGGCGGCCUGUGAGGCCAGCGAGCUCCUGCCCAUGGUCCCCGACCUGCCGGCCGACCUGUUCACGUCCUGCCUCACUACCCCCAUCAAGAUCGCCCUGCGCUGGUUUUGCAUGCAGAAAUGCGUCAGUCUGGUGCCUGGAGUCACGCUGGAUCUGAUAGAAAAGAUCCCUGGGCGGCUCAACGACAGGAGGACGCCGCUGGGCGAGCUGAACUGGAUCUUCACGGCCAUCACGGACACCAUCGCCUGGAACGUGCUUCCUCGGGAUCUCUUCCAAAAGCUCUUCAGACAGGACCUGCUGGUGGCCAGUCUGUUUCGAAACUUCUUACUGGCGGAGAGGAUCAUGAGGUCGUAUAACUGCACCCCGGUCAGCAGCCCCCGCCUGCCACCCACCUACAUGCACGCCAUGUGGCAAGCCUGGGACCUGGCCGUCGACAUCUGUCUCUCCCAGCUGCCGACCAUCAUCGAGGAAGGCACGGCGUUUCGGCACAGCCCCUUCUUUGCUGAGCAGCUGACCGCCUUCCAGGUGUGGCUCACGAUGGGCGUGGAGAACAGGAACCCACCUGAGCAGCUUCCCAUCGUUUUACAGGUGCUGCUGAGCCAGGUGCACCGGCUGAGGGCCCUGGACUUGCUGGGGAGGUUCCUGGACCUGGGUCCCUGGGCGGUGAGCCUGGCCUUGUCUGUGGGCAUCUUCCCCUACGUGCUGAAGCUGCUCCAGAGCUCGGCCCGGGAGCUGCGGCCCCUCCUCGUCUUCAUCUGGGCCAAGAUCCUCGCCGUGGACAGCUCGUGCCAGGCCGACCUGGUAAAGGACAACGGCCACAAGUACUUCCUCUCGGUCCUGGCGGACCCCUACAUGCCGGCUGAGCACAGGACCAUGACGGCCUUCAUCCUGGCUGUGAUCGUCAACAGCUACAACACCGGGCAGGAGGCCUGUCUCCAGGGCAACUUGAUCGCCAUCUGCCUGGAGCAGCUCAACGACCCCCACCCACUGCUGCGCCAGUGGGUGGGCAUCUGCCUGGGGCGCAUCUGGCAGAACUUCGACUCGGCGCGUUGGUGUGGGGUGCGGGACAGCGCACACGAGAAGCUGUGCAGCCUCCUCUCCGACCCCAUCCCCGAGGUGCGCUGUGCAGCGGUCUUCGCGCUCGGCACGUUCGUGGGCAACUCUGCAGAGAGGACGGACCACUCCACCACCAUCGACCACAACGUGGCCAUGAUGCUGGCCCAGCUGAUCAAUGACGGCAGCCCCGUGGUCCGCAAGGAGCUAGUGGUGGCGCUGAGUCAUCUUGUGGUUCAGUACGAGAGCAACUUCUGCACGGUGGCCCUGCAGUUCAUGGAGGAGGAGAAGAACUACCCGCUGCCCUCUCCAGCCGCCGCAGAGGGUGGGAGUCUGACCCCGGUGCGGGACAGCCCCUGCACCCCCAGGCUGCGCUCCGUGAGCUCCUACGGAAACAUCCGCGCCGUCACCACAGCUAGAAACCUGAACAAGUCUCUGCAGAACCUGAGCCUGACAGAGGAAUCCGGCGGCACGGUGGCCUUCUCCCCCGGGAACCUCAGCACCAGCAGCAGCGCCAGCAGCACCCUGGGCAGCCCCGAGAACGAGGAGUACAUCCUCUCCUUCGAGACCAUCGACAAGAUGCGCCGGGUCAGCUCCUACUCCUCCCUCAACUCCCUCAUCGGGGUCUCCUUCAACAGCGUCUACACUCAGAUCUGGAGAGUCCUGCUGCAUCUGGCUGCGGACCCCUACCCGGACGUUUCCGACUUGGCCAUGAAGGUGCUCAACAGCAUUGCCUACAAGGCCACAGUGAACGCCCGGCCUCAGCGCAUCCUCCCCACCUCCUCCCUCACGCAGUCGGCGCCCGCCAGCCCCACCAACAAGGGCGUGCACAUCCACCAGGCGGGAGGGUCCCCGCCAACCUCCAGCGCCAGCAGCUCCAGCCUGACCAACGACGUGGCCAAGCAGCCAGUCAGCCGAGACCUGCCUCCAGGCCGGCCGGGCGCUGCGGGCCCAGUGGGGGUGCAGUACACGCCCCACUCCCACCAGUUCCCCCGGACACGGAAGAUGUUUGACAAGGGCCCAGACCAGACCACCGACGACCCAGACGAUGCGGCCGGACACAGAAGCUUCAUCUCGGCCACGAUGCAGACGGGGUUCUGUGACUGGAGCGCCCGGUACUUCGCCCAGCCCGUCAUGAAGAUCCCAGAAGAGCACGACCUGGAGAGCCAGACCCGCAAGGAACGGGAGUGGCGGUUCCUGCGGAACAGCCGCGUCAGGAAGCAAGCGCGGCAGCUCAUCCAGAAGGGUAUCACCAGACUGGAUGACCAGAUAUUCCUGAACAGGAACCCUGGCGUCCCCUCCGUGGUCAAGUUUCACCCCUUCACGCCGUGCGUGGCCGUGGCCGACAAAGACAGCAUCUGCUUUUGGGACUGGGAGAAAGGGGAGAAGCUGGAUUAUUUCCACAACGGGAACCCUCGGUACACGCGGGUCACCGCCAUGGAGUAUCUGAACGGCCAGGACUGCUCUCUCCUGCUCACGGCCACGGAUGACGGUGCCAUCAGGGUCUGGAAGAACUUUGCCGAUUUGGAAAAGAAUCCCGAAAUGGUGACGGCCUGGCAGGGGCUCUCCGACAUGCUGCCCACUACCCGAGGAGCCGGGAUGGUGGUGGACUGGGAGCAGGAGACCGGCCUCCUCAUGAGCUCAGGAGACGUGCGGAUCGUCCGGAUCUGGGACACGGACCGCGAGAUGAAGGUGCAGGACAUCCCCACGGGUGCCGACAGCUGCGUGACGAGCCUGUCCUGCGACUCCCGCCGCUCCCUCAUCGUGGCCGGGCUCGGCGACGGCUCCAUCCGCGUCUACGACAGGAGGAUGGCGCUCAGUGAAUGCCGCGUCAUGACCUACCGGGAGCACACGGCCUGGGUGGUGAAGGCCUACCUCCAGAAGCACCCCGAGGGCCACAUCAUGAGUGUCAGUGUCAACGGGGACGUGCGCUUCUUUGACCCUCGGAUGCCAGAGUCUGUGAACGUCCUGCAGAUCGUGAAGGGGCUGACGGCCCUCGACAUCCACCCCCAGGCAAACCUGAUCGCCUGCGGCUCCAUGAACCAGUUCACCGCCAUCUACAGCGGCAGCGGGGAGCUUAUCAACCACAUCAAGUACUACGACGGCUUCAUGGGCCAGCGGGUCGGCGCCAUCAGCUGCCUGGCCUUCCACCCACACUGGCCUCACCUGGCCGUGGGGAGCAAUGACUACUACAUCUCUGUGUACUCGGUGGAGAAGCGUGUCAGAUAGCGGCCUGCUCCCCGCCCGCCACCGCCACCGUGUACAUAGUGGACCCACCGUGCUUCCCUGAACACUGUCUCGACCCGGCUGCUGGGGGCCCACGGAGGGCCCGCGCUGUCUGUCUGUCUGUCUGUCUGUACUGUCAACGCCCAGGAGCCCGGGGAAGGGGCUCUGCUGGAGUUCUGUGUGACAGACGCUGCUCUGCUGAGUCUUCUGGGCCCCAGGACACAAUCGCUGUGCGGCCUAGUCCCCUUCCUGUCCUGUUUUCUUCUGAGAUUUUUAAGGGGAAGCACACUUGUUUUAUUUUCCAAGUGAUGCAAGCAUGAGUCCACGAAAGCUCCAGACGAAAGCCAGCCUCCCAGGCUGUGUCCUGGGUCCCUGGCGUGCGCUCCUGGGGACUGACCAGUGGGCUGGUUGGGGCGGGGGUGGGGACUGAGCAGAGGACGGACGGAGGCGGCACAAGUGGAAGGGUCUGCCCAACUGCCUGCCAGCCACCCACCGGUCCCCGCCUGGGCCCAUCCCAGCCGAGCGUCGGAGCCCAGGUCACCAUCCCGCCCAGGCAGGGUCUCCACCCCGGCAUGCUCGGUUUGGAUGGGAGAGGCAGGCCCCUGGCCUGUUUCUCUCCGAAGUGCUGCUCUUCCCGGGCUCCUGCCCGGGCCCCACACACAUCACACAUGUGUCACAUGUGCACACGUGGAGGGACCGCCUGAGCCCCAGAGUAUCUGGGGGCGACGGUGCCGCCCUGCCCUCUGUCCUCACACGCCCCGGCACAGCUCACACAGCGGGGAACACGGGAGUGCCAGACGUGUCCACGACAGGGCACUGGGCAGCCGCCCCUGGAACACAGGACACAACCACAAUGAUGAUGGUUUGAAAAGCGUUUUUUCCAUUUUCCUUGGGAAUCAGGAUUAUUCAGAGAGAGAGGGGUGAGCUAGCUUAGCUAACUCUGCCCGUGACGCCAAUAACAGUGGGAAGUGAGUCACAGCCGUGACGAAGCUCAGGGCCCCUAGUGCAGGGCGGCGGUCCUGCCCCAGCGGGGGCGGCUCCGGGCAGGUGGACCCCGCCUGAGGGCGGUGGGGCCGGGCGUCUGUGUCCGGCCAGACCAGGCGAGGGGAGUGCCUUCCGCGGCCCAGGAGAAGGCUCCAGGACGGCCUGCACUUAGUUCUGGGCAAGCGAGCAGCGUGGGGCCAGGGGGGCCGCGGAAGGCUGGUGCCCCUGCAAGGCCCAUCAGUUGCACCCAGUGCUCCUGGUGGUGGCUGGAACCUUCCGGAAGCCGAGCUCCACCCACAGACGCAGCGCUGACCGCCCAGGCCAACUCCAGGUUCUGAGCGAGCGCCGUGGGCUGUGAGACAAAGCCCCCCUGCCCCGCGGCUCCCCGCCCGGGGGCCCCCCGAGGCCUGAUGCGAAAACUCAAUCAUGAAGUUACGGAGGCUCGAGAGAGCUCAGCCUAAGGGUUCAUGUAUCUCUAUUUAUUUUACCAAAAUGAGAAUUGAAAGACUGACGAAACAUGGGAUUGCAAUGUGAAAGUGAGAGACAGCUGUUAAUAAAAGGUGAACAAGCGC